AUGCCAAAACAGAGAACUGCUAGAAGCAAAAUUAGAGCUCCACAACUAACUCAAAGUUUACUUUUGCAGGUUACAGUAGGAUAUAUUGUUAUUUUGUUAUUUGGACUGCUUGGAAACAUCCUAGCUAUAUCUGUAUUACGUCGUCAUCCUUUGAUGAAAACACAUAGCAGCAUUUAUAUCAUGAAUCUGGCCAUGGCUGAUCUCAUUACACUUUCUGUUGGACUCCCGUUCGAACUGAUUAUGAAUUGGAGCCAAUAUCCAUGGCCAUUUCCUGAUGUUUUCUGCAAUAUGAAAGCUCUUAUUGCUGAGACCACCAAUUACGCUUCAAUACUCACAAUUUUGCUGUUUUCUAUUGAACGUUACGUUGCUGUAUGCCACCCGUUUGUGUUUGUGAAGAUCAAAUCUCUUCGAAAAAAGGUGAGUUCUUCAAUUAAUAGGUUGUGAUC